CUGUGCUGUCAAACAAAACAACUAGGUACCUAAAUUGUCAAUUGUAUAAUUGAACGCGAAUGAGUUGUCGCAAUUGUAUCUUUUUUCAUUAUUUAUGUGUAAUAUUUUCGUAAUUUAAACAAUAAGUUGUGCGCUACCUCCGUGAAAAGAGUUUCAUAUGAAUGAUUGUAAUUUAAAGGCGCCAGCGUCUCAAGUCGACGUUUGGAUAUAUAGUGUGCCAGCAAGAUGAGCAGCCAGCACCAGUAUAUGUCAGUGAACAACACAUCUACGGGCUCGCGUGUGGGAGACAUUGAACAUAUCAGCCACUUGUCGGAGCACAUCGGGUCGCUGUGCCUGUCGUCGGAGUACUCGGACGUGACGCUGGUGGUGGAGGGGCAGCGCAUCCCCGCCCACAAGGUGAUCCUCGCCGCGAGCAGCGACUACUUCCGCGCGCUCCUGUACGGCGGCAUGAGGGAAGCCAACCAGGCCGAAGUUGAGCUACAGGCGCCAUUGCAAGCUUUCAAAGCUCUGUUGCGCUAUGUGUACUCAGGGCACAUGGGGCUGUCGCUCCUCCGCGAGGACACAGUACUGGACAUGCUGGGCCUGGCGCACCAGUUCAACUUCCAGGAGCUGGAGGCGGCCAUCUCAGACUACCUGCGGCAGGUGCUGGCGCUUCGCAACGUGUGCGCCGUCCUCGACGCCGCCAGAUUGUACGGGCUGGAGGCGCUGAUGGACUACUGCUUCAACUUCCUCGACAGAAACGCCGCCGAGGUCCUGCAGCACGACUCCUUCCUGCAGCUUUCAGUCGAAGCGCUGCAGGGUCUACUGGAGCGCGACUCGUUUUUCGCGCCGGAGGUGGACAUCUUCAAGGCGGUGUGCAACUGGUUCACCGCCAACCAGCAGUGGGUCAAGUCUGACGCUGGGCAGGCGCAGGUGACUGAAACUGAACCGAAUGUGUUGCUUGACCAGGAGAAGAUAUUGAAGUGCGUGCGGCUGACGCUAAUGAGCCUGGAGGAACUGCUGACGGUGGUGCGUCCCUUCGCGCUGGUGACUCCCGACAUGCUGCUUGACGCCAUACAGGAGAAGACGCAGACAAAGAGCACUGACUUGAGGCAUCGAGGACUGCUAUUGCCAGAAGAGAAUGUAGCGACACCGAAGCGCGGCGCGCGCGUGAUCUCAGGCGACAUGCGCUCGGCGCUGCUGGACGGCGACACGGAGACAUACGACAUGGAGCGCGGCUACACGCGACACACCAUCAGCGACGCGCCCGACAACCCCGGCAUCGUGGUCCGCCUCGCCGCUCACACCAUCAUCAACCACGUGCGGCUGCUGCUGUGGGACAGGGACAACAGAUCGUACGCGUACUUUAUCGAGGUGUCGGUAGACCAGAAGGACUGGGUGCGCGUUAUCGACCACAGCAACUACUUCUGCCGCUCGUGGCAGAACCUCUACUUCGAGCCACGCGUCGUGCAGUAUAUCAAGCUUGUUGGCACCAGCAAUACUGUCAAUAAGGUGUUCCACGCGGUGGCGCUGGAGGCGAUGCACACGACGAAGGUGCCGCCGCUGUGCAACGGGCUGGUGCGGCCCGUGCACAACGUGGCCACCGUCGAUCUCUCCGCCGUCGUCAUCGAGGGGAUCAGUCGUUCCCGCAACGCGCUCCUGAACGGCGACACGGAGCACUACGACUGGGACCAGGGCUACACGUGCCACCAGCUGGGAUCGGGCGCCAUCGUGGUGCAGCUGGCGCAGCCCUACCUGCUGUCCUCCAUACGCAUGCUGCUGUGGGACUGCGACUACCGCCACUACUCCUACUACGUGGAGACCAGCCUGAACUAUUGGGACUGGGAGAUGGUCUGCGACCGGACGAGAGACGCUUGCAGGUCAUGGCAAGUGAUCUACUUCUCACAGCGACCCGUCUCCAUCAUUAGGAUCGUCGGCACCAAUAAUUCUGUCAAUGAGGUGUUCCACCUGGUGCACCUGGAGUGCCCGGCGCAGGUGGAGGAGGCGCGCGACGACCCCGCCGCCAAGAAGCAGCGGCCUUCUCCCGACACACGGCUGAAUCCUUCGCCCCCGGGCCGGGAGCCGGAGCCGGCGCCGGCGUCGUCGCCGCCGUCGGACGCGGGCAGUGCGGGCAGCCCGGCGCGGGUCGUGCCGCCCGCCGAGACCGCCACCGAGGCCGCCGAGCGGUACGACGACUGAGGCGCCGCCCGCCUCGGGGACACCGCGGUCUCUACACGCCGCAGUGGUAACAUACUCUUCUAGUUAGUGACUUUCCUAGCAGCGCGACGUGAAUCUUGCGACAACGAAACAAAUGACGGUUGGAAUAUAGGGCGGAUUACAGCCGCGACACUAGAGACGUCCCGCGGAUUUCACUGGAACUAAAUGAUAACAUAACCGGAGGGGUAUGGAUCAUAAUCCACUCUGCUCCACUGCGGGUUGGUGAAGGUAUUUGGGCUAGUAGCCCGGGACCAAUGGCGUAACUGAAUGAUAAGUCAUAAUAAUUCCAUGCAGAUACUGCGACGCCAGCGCCACAGUCGCGGGACUUCUGUCGUGGCGCGGACCUAGAUAUACGAAUACGAAACGUUAAAAUGUGAAUGCAAUUUAUUAGGAACAAUCAAUUGUGACGUCAUCGAAAAAUUGACAUCGAACUUUUUGUCUCAUUGUUCAAACGUCGAACUCUUUGUUUGAAUUUCGGUCGUUCAGUACAUGUUCAACACGUUCACAUGUAGUGCGCACUGACAAAUGCAGCAUUGCGUUCGCGCUGUCUAUGUAAAAAGGGUCUUAGCCAAAUUCCAAUCAAAUGAAAACUUCAUCAGUUUCCUAAUGACGAAAAUUGUAUCGGACAGUGAUAAUUUAUCAAAUGUAAAUUUGGAACUGAUUCAUGCUAUGUGCGAAUGUGGCUUAGGUUAAAGAAAAGUGAUUAUGAGCAGUGUUAUCAGACUAACCAUUGAAAAGAACGUAGUAGUGAUGUAUAGUUGAUUCGCUGCUUGCAUCUUAUAUCACGUACUAGAUAAACAACGAGAAAUACGACACGUAAAUACGAUAUGUACAGUAAUGAGCAAUAUAAUGUACUCACUUUACGACUCUGUCGCACUAACAUAUUUGACAUUUAGUGAGACUUACAGUUCAAUUUGUCAAAAAAGUUAAAGUGACAUGGUACAAAAAUGUAUACAUAUUAAUGCUCGUGACCGUACUAAGAUAAUUAAGCAAAAAAGUUAGUUGUCUAGUAAUUCAUGAAUCGAUUAUCAAGAGUAAAGUAUAUGUGGCAUGGUAGUAAUUGACCCAAUGGUCAUGGCGUCUUCCUAAAUAUUUCUUUAAAAUGAAUAUCUUCUAAUCAUAAUACGUAUCAAAGUUUAAAGUAUGGUCCACAAAUGACUUCACAAUGUAUCGCAUAUAUAUUACUCACAUUAUUAUGGAUAUAAUGAUAGUGUAGAAUUUACGGUUGUUCCACUAGUUCUGUAUUUGGGUUUUUCGUAGUCUAAGAAUGUGUUUCAAGUUUCUACCUGUGCUGCACCUAAGCAAACUGUUCCAGUAAUGUUAAGUUUCUAAAAAUAUUAAGAAGCUCCUGUUUUAGUUAUUUAGUGAGUAAGCUGAUGUUUCUAGUCUGUUCUGUCGGUUAUUUAAAUAUUAUGAUCCUUAAUUAUUUUCAUGUUUAAAUUUUAUAUUGACGACUCUUUUAUUGACCUGUUUGUUGUAAUAAUUAAGUAUCUACGGGAUCUAAGGCUAUAUUCACACGGCAUUCUAUUUCCCGUAUAAAGUAUACGAGGUUUUAUUGAAUUUAGCAGUAAAUAUAAACUUAUUAUUGUUUACAUUAAUGUUUAUGCGGGAAAAUCCCGGGUUAGGGAUAUUGCACCGCGCCCGUCCAGAAUACAUCAAAAAUCGAAUCGAAUAGUCGCCAUGUGAACAUAGUCUCAAUGAUUUUAAAAUUUUGAUAGUAUCUCUGGUAACUUGUCAACUGUUUAUUUAUAAAUAGGUUGUGAUUAAAGGAAGUUUUCAUUUCUUUUCACUAUGUAAGUUAUUUUUUUUAAAUAUCGUAAAUAUAAAUGAAUAAUAAUAAUUGGUAUGUUAAGGUAAAUGGUGAAAUUAUUGCCAUUAUUUACGUAAAACAAGUGACGAAACAAAUUAAUUUUAUCAUAAGCGAAGGAGAAAAGUUAACACAGAUCUCAUGUUAUGAAUUAAUUAUUGCACAUUAGACAUACCUAUUCAAGUUAUUGCUUGCACUACAAAUAUUAAUAUGCUAUUGUACGUCACUGGUAGGUCUGUGUUAAUCUGCCCCUGUGGCGUAGGUUACGCAUCGCGACAUAUAUCGCAGGCUUCGACCAAUAGAGGUAUGACAUUUAUCUUUGUAGAAGGCAGUCUUGCAUCUAUUGGUGGACACCCACAAUAUUUGUCACAUGUAUGUAGAUAUAGAGACUUAUGCGGGGCGGUAGUUUUAUUUUUGUAUGUAAAUAUUUGUUAGUAAUCUUGAAGGGCGAGAUUGAAGGUAGGCGGAGGGACACUAAACCACUGUGAUAUGGCGCCCUGCGCGCGCAGGGCGAGGGUAUGUCUGUAUCUUUAAGACAGAGGCACUAUGGAGCUUUCAAUAUGUUUUAAUAAAACUAUAAACUUCUGA